AUGACCACGGACAUCCAGAACCUCAAGUCCUUCGACCCGUUCGCGGAGGCCGAAGACUCAGUCGGCGACGUCAAGACAACCAGUCAGAAUUACAUUCACAUUCGUAUUCAGCAGCGCAAUGGUCGUAAGACGUUGACCACGGUCCAAGGCCUGCCCAAGAAAUUUGACCAGAAGAAGAUCCUCAAGGUGAUCAAGAAGAAAUUCGCCUGCAAUGGCACUGUCGUCACCGACAGCGAGAUGGGCGAGGUGAUCCAGCUGCAGGGCGACCAGCGCAAGGAUGUCCAGGAGUUCCUCACCGACAAGAAGGAGGGGCUGGGCCUGGACGCAAAAACCAUAAAGGUCCACGGUUUCUAA